AUGGCAGGAAAACCUGAGUUGUCAACUGCUUCUGGCAUUCAAAAUGUCAUAGUGUAUGUUUCUGAUGACAAUUUUGCUCAAGCUUAUUCAUUAGGACAGCAGAAUGUUCAAGAAGCCACUCAAAUUGUUCAAGGUGAUAGUUAUGAGAUCAUCUCAGCACCUAAUGCUUCAUUGGUUGGUCCUGCAAAGCCUUAUAGGGAAAAAUCAACUGUUAAAUUGAUUGAUUAUCCAUUAAAACAACCACCAUUGAAUGCCAUACAACAUAAUGAUUUCUACAACAACACAAUAUCACAAGGUGGAUUCUCCCAUGGUGAUAUAUCAUUCCACAAUGGAAAUUGUGACAAUACUGAGUUGAUGCAGGAAGAUAAGCAUGUUGGUACUGUAUGUAAUACAGUACGAGUGAGCGAUGACUGCAACAACUGUGAUGGUUAUGAGGAACAGGAUUACACAAAAGUUAAUCUACAAGGCAUCUGUUAUGACAAUGUUCGUUUGGAAGCAGCUGAUUCGAGUUGUAGCAGUAUGAGCUCAUCAGAGGAUGGAACACAGAUGUUACAAAAUCAACCCUCUGAAAUGGUAGUGUAUGAUCCUAAUGUCAAUGUUCAAAGUGGAAAUGUUGUAUUGACAGUUGGACCUCAAACACAACCACAUCCCCAAGUAAUUGAAACUUUUGCUGGACUUCAAAGACCUACAAUUACUAUUCCACAUGGUUGGAAAAGACUGUUGAAUAAUGGAUCAAUAAUCUAUCUAAGCCCCAGCUCUACUGCUUUAAGGUCGCCUGAUCAAGUUAAAGAAUAUUUAUUGACCGAUGGUACUUGCAAGUGUGGUUUAGAAUGUCAUUUUAAACAUGACUCAAUUUUUAAUUUUGACCCUAAAGUUAUUGGUAAACCAUAUAGUAUGCUUCCUGAUUCAAAAUCUGGUAAUAUGGCAAAAUUGUGUAACCACAAGAGAAAAAUAAUUCCAUUGGUGUCAAUACAAUGCCCUCCUCCUGAUCCGAAUCUCAAGUUUCAAAGAGACCUGGGUAUGAAGAGAAAAAGGAGAAGAAUUGGUUUGCCCUAUGUAGAAGGAGUUCCUGUCUCUCAAAUAAUAACACGUGAAAAGGUGGCACUCAAUCAAAAUUUAGACAAAACGGGACCCCCACAACAAAUAUGCUUAGAAUCUCCUGGCAACGUUCAGCAUCAAACUCGUUUAGUAAAAUAUCAAGAUCAACAGGGCAAUAAGGUGAUAUUGAGUGACGGUACGGUAAUGGUUCAGCAAACCAAUGCCGGCGAUCUAACUUAUCAAGGCGUAAUGAAAAAUGAUCAAGUGCAUCAAAUCAAUAAUGCAGCGAACGUUUUCAAUGCUCAUAACCGUCAAAUAAUAGGUCCUAACGGACAAAUCAUACACGUACGAAGUAUUCCCAAUUCCAAUCAAGGUAACGUGUAUCACAUGACAAAUUCACAAGGACCUAGAAUGGUGGCGCAACUACCCAAAGUUGAUCAAUCUGAAGAACACCGGAUAUUUAUUAACAGGCAGCCUAUAGAGCCGACCGGGCCUGGUAGGCCGAACGUUCAAAUUGUUAGGGUUAAUGCUCCAAAUCAACAGAAAAUCUUGGAUAAUCAAAUUGAUCGGAAUCAACAAAAACGCCAUAUGCAACCUCUUCAGCCACAAUUUUGUGCUAAUCCUCCACAAUAUCAGCAGGUUCAGUUAUACGGUCAUCAUAAACACAUCAGACCGUAUAAUCAAAUAAAUCCUGGCUUUAGGCCUCAUAGAAUGCUGUAUCAACCAAAUCAAAUUAUCCAGGCACCAGUACAACCGCAAAAUCAAAAAGCACAUUGGCAAAAUCAAAUCCAAAGGCCUGUAAUGGAACAACAGAAACAUUUAGAACCGCAACCGCAAGCUAACAUUUGCGAGAGAGUUCCACCUUUGUAUCAGCACACUCCGUCAUUGGCUGUUUGUCAAGAGGAUAUCAAGAGAAAGAAAGUGAAACUUAACAAGUUUGGAAAAAACAGGCCGUACCGGUUGAUAGAAGGUUGUUCUACCAAUCAUUUUUCUUGUCCAAACAUCGAUAUAAGGCAUAUUCCUCCUGAACACAGGACAAUAAUGAUGAAUAACUUUUCGCAAAACGUUAAGAGUUCCAGUCCUUCUUUUAUGGAAGAUCCCAGUGGUUAUCUUGCCCAACAGACUGCUUUAUUGAAUAGUACUAUUAAUAGACAAACGGGCGCUAGUGGAUGUGCUGGUUACACAUGUAGUAGUCCUGGAACAUGUCAAAAUCCCCAGCAGCAAAAUCAUAAUAGUCCUUCAAAUACUCCACCAAUUCUAAUAUCUCCUUCAAAUGAAUUAAAUUCAUUGGUAAAAGUUUCUCGUAACAAUUUACCUAGAGUUCAACAAGACCCUUGCGCCCCUAUCACAACGCCGCAGAACAACUUGAUACAAGUGCAGCCUAAUUUCGACAAUAAUACUCUUACUAAAUCUCACCAGUACUCCGUUCAAUGCCGUUGUUGUAUAGGCGAAGGUUUUCAGCCAAAUUACCAAAUUAAAAUCGCUAGAUCAAAUCCGGCAUCAAUGUCUAACAUUCACAACACUCUAGAGGAUCCUGUUACAUCAUCGACUUCUUAUGAAAAGCAGUUUAAUCAAAACGCGUCUGAAGUGCAGCCUAUACAAGGGGGGACAGUUAGUACAAGUAAUAUAUCUCCCAUGGAAGGUACUUCUAAUCCACCAACACCGGAUCCACCUCAUAGAAUCGUCGAAGGAUCUCCUAUAACCAGCAGUGGUUACACCACAUACAUCAAAACCAAUCUUCCCGAAUAUGUGGGUCAAGUUAGGCAAACGAUUUGCGGAAAACCCAAUGAAAACGUUUGUUGCUAUCAUUCUCAAGCUUCUACUUUGGUUACAACCAUGGCAAGUAGUAGAACUGUAGGUAGCAAUACUAUAACUUCAGUUCUAGCUGGCAGAACGAAUACGGCAACCGUUUCAUUGAAUACUCCUUCUGCAAUGACUAAUCCUUACAUCUCCGUUUCCGGACAAAAUACCGUCACUGUACAAUCGCAGGCUAUGACUGUAACAAAAUCUCCCUUGGAAAUGGUUCAAAGUGUUGUUAGUAGCAUUCAAAUACCGCAUUCGAAUUCAUCCCAUACUUCUCAAAUCGGAAAACCGGAUGGUUUACCUCAUGAGCAUAUUCUAGUGAGUGAAUCACAUAGUUUGUCGAAUGCCCGUGGUUCCCAAGAAGAAAUCCACGUUCCAACCAAGAUCGUUACGAAUGAAGGCAUGCCGCCAGUAACAGUUUCACCUAUGGUGACUAACGUAACUUCGUCUGUAGGAGCUGUAAUACCAGCUGUUGGACAACAAGUACUCGGCCAACAAACAGUCUUAGUAAACACUCUUCCCACUCCGUUCGUUUUGCAACCAGGCGUAACCAUGACAAUGGACGGCGUUCCAGUAGGUCAAAAUUUACAAUUGCCACAAUUUGUUGCCGGAAAUAUUAUACAACAACAAAUUCAAAUCGACAACCCCGACACCCGCCGAGUUCCAUCUUUGUUGUCUCCAGAUACCAAGAAAAAAGGGAAAAAGAGGAAGGAACCUCCACAAACUGUUGCUAGUAUGCUACAGUUUGCUAAUCAGCAGAAUUCUGGAGUCGUAAUUUCCCCGCAAGGUUUCCCGCAACAAAUUCAAAUGGCAAAUAGUCCGCAACCUGUCACGGGAACGCCCGUUAUGCAAGCCGUCACUAUUGUGCCCAAUAAAAACGGAAGCGCAGCUCAAAUCAUUAUGAACGAUCAAACUAUGGGUAAUUCGAAUCUUGGAAAUCAAUCGCAACAAAUCAAUUUAUUGCAACCUGUGAACUUAAUAAAUGGUACCGGCGUUGUUCAGAAUUUCCCUGCUAUUCACCAGUUUAUCGUUCCAAAUUUGGGCGGUAUGGUCGUAAAUCCGGACGGUACCGCGACUAUUCUUCAAGACGCCUCUAAUUUGGGAAUGCAGUUUCAAUUUCAAAAUGUUAACGGUCAAAAUAUGCUUACUCCGGUCCAAAAUAGCAGCUUAUUCAAUAACGGCCAGGCAAUUUUCGCAGCCGGACCGUCGGGGAUGGUUAUCAGAGGUCCUCCGACUUCGCAAGGUAAAAUUAUUCAACAACAACACAGUCCGGUUGCGCAAUUUCUGUCACCGAACGGAGGGCAAUUUAUAAUGAACGGAUCUCAGUUUAGCGGCCAGUUAAGUCCUCUCGUAGCCAGCGUUAGCCCUAAUCAGCAAGUAACCUUCAAUAGUCCUCCACAACAAAUUAGAACUAGUAAUUCAAUGCAACCAACUCAACAGGAAUAUAUCCAAAUGAACGGCCAGUUAGGACAAACUCUAAUCGUACCUUGUACUUUAACUUCAAGUAUCCCAGUGUCAAAUCAAUCUUCGAAUCAGAAUACCACAUUUUUACAACAAAACACCACAAUAGUUCAACAACAAACGACAAUGCUUACGAAUCAAGGUUUGCAAAAUUAUCAAAAUAAUCAAAACGCGCAGAGCAGUUCGAGGCCGACAACGAUUGCCUCCGAUCAAAUUUACUGUAACAAGCCUCUUGAGGAAUGUAGGGAGAGUCCGAAGUCAUCUAGUCAUUGCAGGCAAUCGGUUUCCACGCAGACGGCCGUUAAUCAAAGCGUUCAAUCGAUUAUAACUAAUACUUCUUGUCAGACUUCGACUAUGUCGGCGUCUAGUCCGCCUGAUACGACUACUUUGAGUCCGGUGCCGGUCGCUUCUGAAAUUCAAAGCCCUAUACUCGCCGAUACCACUACUCACACCGACGAUGGUUUAUCGCCUGUACCUUUGAGUUGCUCGACGCGAAAUGAUCCCAGGACGGAUUCUAGAUAUUGUACCAUGGCUAUGGUGCACUGUAUAUCAAGCAGUGAACCUGAUCCAUCCGAUAUCCCUACUCAAGAUCAGGAAUGGAAACAUCUGCAGGCAAGCAGUAGCCAUAGAAAUGACGCAUACGCGGCUAUUGCUCACAUCGAUAAAUUGCCAUCCUCUCAUUUAGCCUCGGCGGAAUCGUCUACAUUGGUAACGAGCUUGCAUUAUGGAUCCGAUCAGGAGGCGAUAAGUAGCUCGAAACAUUUUGACAGAAAAAGUCCCGGUGAAUGUUGCGCCGUGAUGGAAACGCAUCACGAACAGAUGUCUCUAUUUGGUGGUAACGGUGGUAUUCAUAAUCAGAAUGAAAUCAAUGAAAAUGUUCACGGUGAUGACCAUGCUGGUCAUCAUAGCGAAGGAGAAGAGGAUGAGGAUUCUCACGAAGGAUAUUUGGUCGGCAGUCUUCUAAUAAAUACUUGA